UGCUGCUGACACAUGUGGACAUUUAAAUUCAGUUGUGUUGUUCAAUAUCUGUGUUGUGGUUAUUUAUGGGAUUGAAAUAGUGUGACUGUUGUGAGUGUACUUUUAAAGAUAAGACGAGGAGGAGGAGCUAGUUAGCAUGUAGCCACAUCCCUAGUGGUCUUUGGUCUUAAAUGGUAAAAUAGAAGAUGUUAUUAUGAGCUGAAUUUGACAUUUACAGCUCAUCUGUUCCAAGUGGCUGUUCCCCCAACUAACAGUGGUGGAAGAAGCUCUUACGGCCCUGUAAAGAAGAUUUAAAAUGACUCCAUUCAAUUGAUCUGGAAGUAAAGUCUUCUAUGAGUUCUAUGAACGGGACACUCAACGUGUAUCUGUAGCACCAGUGGAGCAUAUUUCAUCUUUGAGCCUCAAACUGUUCUUCACAUGAAGCCAUGUGAGAACUUGCCAUUGAUCGAUCUGACAAAAAAAUACUGUGGUGGUAACAAGCAACGUGUUUUAAAUCCUGAAGACACGAGCACUGCGAGGAAAAUUGUCCGUAUGCGCUAAAGAUCCUAACAACAGGAACGAUGUCCGCUCAGGCGGAGCAGUAGACGUUUGUCAUCUUGAACCGUUUAAUCUUCGGAGCUCGUAAUGCGCAGUCGCACAACUUUAGAUGUAAAGAGUAAGAAAAAGGCUAUUUAUAAAUACGACGAAAGCAUUUGACGUCCUGGCUCGGUUCGAUCAUCAACGUAUCAAGCCAUAAGUCUUCUAUCGAUACGAAUUUGAGUUUUCUAGAAAAGUUAAAGAACCGGUUAAGCUUUAAAAAAAGUAGCGGCGCGGCUGUCGCCGCAAUUUUCCCAUCAUGCAUAGCGUUUGCUCAACAAAUGUUGUAUUUAAUGAAUUCGAUAUUUCCACCCAAAAUACUGAAGUCUGCUCGGCACAUAAUAUAAACUCUGUAUGUUUCAGUUAAUUUCCGCGAUGGUUCAGAUGUGUCCUUCAAAAUUGAACCAUAACAGAGAAGGUUUAGACAGAGAGACGGUCAUCAGAUUCCUCCCGUGUUACAGUAUCUACUCUUGGUUCUCUUCAGAUCGUAUAAAUCUUUCGCCUUUUACUAAAGAUUUCCGUGGAGAGGACCAAUAAGAGUCUAUCUCAAUUUUUUGAUGCCCUGUGUCAUGCGGGGCUUCCUUUACUCGUAUAAUAUAAAGACUUUUGACUCGGGUGAGAUUAUACACUUGUGUAAACCACCAAUAACAUUUUGUUAUUGUAUACUUACUUUAAACGUUUCACAUGUAAAAUGGGAACUUAAUUCUUUUUUCUCCUUCAACUGUUCUAAACUUGAAGCUGUGGGAGAUCAUGUCAUUAAUAGAUCAGACAAAAAUAAUGAGGUGGUAGCAAAUAAUAAAAGUAAAGACUCAACCCCAUGAAGUAUAAAAUAAUAAAAUGAAGGUAGGCCCAUAUUUACAUAAGAAAGAUGCAUUCACUUUAAAACAAAGUGCUAUUGUAGUUCAUGUAACUAGAGGAUUUCUAGGUGGUGUCCUCCUCAGUCUGACACACCACCAUGCUGUUAUUUUACUACCCACCCACAUCGUUUUUAUUACAAUAACUGUAAUGUUUUGUUGAAUCACUGAAGAUUUAUCGUUUAUUAGAAUCCUGUAGACACGAGCACUGCGUAGAAAAUCAGCUUGAUGCCCAAAAGAUCCUAAAACCAACAGAGGUGUCCGCUCAGGGAGAAUAGAAGACGAUUGUCCUCUUGACACGUUUAAUCUUCAGAGCUCGUAAAUCGUAGACGCACAACUUUCGAUGUAAAGAUUAAAAAAAUGUUAUUUCUAAAAACGACGGACACAUUUCACAUCCUGGUUUGGUUCGAUCAUCAACGUAUCACGCCAUAACUCUUCUAUCGAUGCGAAUUAGAUUUUUCUCGACAAGUUGAAGAGACGGUAAAGUUUCAAAAAGUAGAGGCGCGGCCGCCGUCGCCAUGUUCCCAUCGUGCAUAGCGUUUGCUCAACAAAUGUUGUAGUUAAUGAAUUAGAUAUUUCCACCCAAAAUACUGAAGUCUGCUCGGCACAUAAUACAAAUUCUGUAUGUUUCAGUUCAUUUCCGCGAUGGUUCAGAUGUGUCCUUCAAAAUUGAACCAUAACAGAGAAGGUUUAGACAGAGAGAGGGUCAUCAGAUUCCUCCCGUGUUACAGUAUCUGCUCUUGGUUCUCUUCAGAUCGUAUAAAUCUUUCGCCUUUUACUAAAGAUUUCCGUGGAGAGGACCAAUAAGAGUCUAUCUCAAUUUUUUGAUGCCCUGUGUCAUGCGGGGCUUCCUUUACUUGUUCAAUAUAAAACCACUUGAUUAAAACAGAAUUGGAAUACAUGACACUUCGGGAACUCGUGACAUGCAGUCGCAGAACUAUGGAUAUAAAAAGUAUAAAUUGUUUUUUUAUAAAUAUGAUUCAAACAUUUCACAUCCUGAUUUUGUUCGAUCAUCAACGUAUCAAGCCAUAAGUCUUCUAUCGAUAAGAAUUUGAGUUUUCUAGAAAAGUUAAAGAAACAGUAAAGUUUCAAAAAGUAGAGGUGCGGCUGUUGUUGCAACGCUCCCAUCAUGCAUAGCGUUUGCGCGACAAACGGUGUAUUUAAUAAGUUAUACAAUUCUACUAGAUUCCUGCUCCAAAUACUGAGGUCUGCUCGCCACAUAAUAUAAACUCUGUAUGUUUCAGUUUAAUUCCGCGAUGUUUCAGAUGUGUCCCUCAAGCUUGAACCACAACAGAGAAGGUUUAGAAGGAGACACAGUUGCGCGAUUCAACCCUUGGUUAAGUAUCUGCUCUUGGUUCUCUUCAGAUCGCAUAAAUCUUUCGCCUUUUACUAAAGAUUUCCGUGGAGAGGACCAAUAAGAGUCUAUCUCAAUUUUUUGAUGCCCUGUGUCUUGCGGGGCUUCCUUUACUUGUACAAUAAUAAACUGAACAAUUAAACUAUGAAAGGUAUAAGGUGAUUUAGUAAAUAUUGAUGUUAUUUAAUUUCCUCAAAAUAAUUUAACUGCUGUAGUCAGAAAUCUAAAAUAUGUAUCUUUAACAAUGAAGUAAUAAUGUUUCUACUAUGAGAUAAUUAGUGCAAUUCAGUCAGAUUUGUGACAGCAUUAUCAUAUAAAUGUGACAAAUAAAGCAUAACUGAUUAUUUACCAGUAAGAUGCCCCAAUCAAUAAUAAUUGAAGUGGGAAAAAACAAUACUGACUUCAUUCAGGUCACACUCACCAUGGACACUAGUACACUGGAACUCUUUUUGUGCAAAACUAUCAUCUUCUUUAAAUUUUAAGAAAGAGUGGUACCACUGACAGAAGAAACAACGGAUUGGUCUAUGCAGAGUGAGAGUCAGUAAUAUGUGUGUGGGAUCCCAGAGACAAACAACACAAAACGAACAACAACAUGGAUACAGACAAAGUGAUAAACAAAAGAGAGUAUUAAUGUGUUAGUAGGAAGUUGGGUCACUCCUGAAGUCAGUUUACCCUCAAAAACCUGAAAAUCAAUCAAAUCAUAGACACUCGAUAAGUAAUGCAACAUCAUUUAAAAGUAAUGGCAAAAGAAAAAAGAUCAAGGCAACACGAGCGAUAGCAGAAAACAAUCAAUAUAAGACUUUAAUUAAAAGUAAGUUUUGAGAGAUAAUUUAAAAACAGACAGUGUAAACAAAUAACAUUACAAUAAUCCAGCCUGGCAGGAAUAAAAGCAUGAAUCGCUUUGUGGAGAUUGUUAAAGUAAAUUGACAAUCUAGAAAUAUAUCUCAGAUGAAAAUAACAUGAUGGAGCUGGUCUAAAGCUACAGGGUUAAGAGCAGGCAGAACGUGUGCUGAAAAUAUAUAUUAACAACUCAUCCAUAACCAUAAUGCUUAUAUAAGGUGACUAUGUUUUGUCGACUACAUCCAGGUUCCCUUUCAUUUUGUCAAGUAAUUUACAACAAUCAAGUAAGAUACAACUCACCAACUCCUUCUUCCGCUGACAUGGUGCUAGGAAAGGAUUUGACCACCGCACAAAGGCCUAAAACUGUAAUGUUUUAAAGGGGUGCCGAUCUAUUCACUACUACUGCAUCUAGAGUCAUUAAUGACUGGUCAUAAAUUAGUUACCGAGGCCAUUUAUAUUGUUGAGUCAUCUGAUUAAGGUGGCACUAAAAAUACGCGAUCAGUAAGAAAAUGUAGGUGUUAUUUCCUGAUUUCAAUGCUGGUGUAGGUCUGAAGUGUCGUUGUCUGAACUUGAAUUUAGUUGUUUUUUGCUUCAGUGUGAUUAUCAGUCAACUGCCAGUUUCCUGUUGCAUCUCUCCAACAUCCUUUUUUCUGAAUGUUGCGAGAAUGUGAACUUGCGUUGAGUAGUCACAACUACAUUCAUCAGCUUGUCUCUGUCGGAAGGACAAGUCAGCUGUUGAGCAGCAAUGGUGCUGUCUCACCUCCAUCUUCACCUCCUCCUCCUCCUUCUUUCCCUUUCUCCCCUCCCCCUCUCAUCACUGCCUGGGAACUUCAGCCAUGGAAGUUCUCUCCCUCCCACCCGCCCCCCCGCUGUGGCUGCAGCAGGCCCCAUCCUGAAGGACCGGCCCUUUGUGGUGGUGUGGAACAUGCCCACCUCGCGCUGUCAGAAACGUUACAACGUCCACCUGAACCUGGGAGACUUUGAUAUUGUGGAGAACCGACACCAGAGAUUCCAGGGACAGAAAAUGACCAUCUUUUACCGUGACCGGCUGGGGGAAUAUCCGUACCUCUCCCGAGACGGCAGGGAGGUGAACGGAGGAGUACCGCAGCAGGGCGACCUCGCCGCCCAUCUUUCUCUUACGGAGACGCAGAUGUCUGGCCUGCUGCAGCCUAACUUUGCUGGUUUGGCUGUUAUCGACUGGGAGGAGUGGCGCCCACUGUGGGAGAGAAAUUUUGGAUCCAAGAUGCAGUAUCGGAGGCUGUCCAAGCAGCUGGUGAGACAGGCGAGACCGGAUCUGUCUGAAAGGGCCGUGACAUCACUGGCCAGGCGAAAGUUUGAAGAGAGCGCUCAGAUGUUCAUGGAGGAGACAUUGCGGUCGGCGGUCAGAGGUCAUCCCAAGGGAUUGUGGGGGUUUUAUGGUUUUCCUGCCUGCUUUAAUAAGCACAAGAUAAAGACAGAUAAGAGCUACACGGGACGCUGUCACAGAGGGACGAGGCGGCGGAAUGAGCGUCUGUCGUGGCUCUGGAGUCAGUCCACUGCUCUCUAUCCCAGCAUCUACCUGCCAGAGCGGCUGGCAGGGUCACAUGAUGCAGCUCUCAUGGUCAGACACAGACUGCUGGAGGCUUUGAGGGUGGCAUCACACUGGCGCCAUGACAGCAUCAACCACGCCACACCAGUUCUUCCCUAUGCCAGACUAGCAUUCAUACACACUCUCAGCUUUCUCAAUGAGACAGACCUGGUGCACACACUUGGGGAGAGUGCCUCACUGGGAGCUGCUGGAGUGGUGCUGUGGGGAGAGACGAAAUUUGCCAAAUCAGAGGAUCAGUGCAUCUUUCUCAGAGACUACAUCAGCGGCGUCUUGGGUCCGUUUGUUCGAUCACUGAGGUCCGACACCCACCGCUGCAGCCUUCAGCUCUGUCACGGCAACGGGCGCUGCACCAGGCGACGCCCACACUCUGGUCACAUGGUUUCUUGGGGUCAAGCUGUGCUCUCAGACCCUCAUGACUCCUCCAGGGUCAAAGAUUUUCAUCGCCACUUCCUGUGUCAAUGUUACCCAGGCUGGACAGGGCCGGAGUGUGGAGAGAUGAUGAAGGAUGACAGCAGACAAAAGAACGGACAGAAGUAACACAAAGUUUUCGGUCAAAGGGUUGUCGGUCCUCGUCCAUGAGAGAACAGGGACAUGUCGGUUUCUAAUUGGAAUAUAAAAUAAAUAAAUACUCUGUGAAUUGGG